AUGUCGCAGAAAGUCUUUUGGGCGCUGACCUGCUCGCUGCUGUCGCUCAGUGGGUUCCUCUUUUUAUUCCUAGUAGGGGUUCUAAUCAAAGUGCAGCCCGAGUAUCUCAAAAUCAGCAAGAGCGUUGCGAGCUCAGUGUCCAUAUUUGAGUCCGCGUGUCUGUACGGGACGCUAUUUGUCGUGUCCUCCAUGAUCUAUUACAAGGAGACGAGGAAGAACGGGCGUCAGGAGCUCGGUGGGUCGACGCUGGAAGAGCGCCAGAGUUUGCUGCACCAGCCGGUGGUGAGCUACAGCUAA